GAGAAGAAUGAGAAAAAAAAAACAGUUAGCAUGAGGCUAACGGCUCGGUACUCAGAGGACGAUUAUUAGAAUUAAAGGACAAUUAUUCCGCAUUAAAGCGUUUAGCUUUUAUUUUUUGCGUUAGACGUUAAAAACGACCGUUUCAGUAGAUGUUAGCCGCCCCACGCUUUCGUUGAAUUGUGCCACUGUAACCACGGUAACAGUGCCACGCAAUGCACCAUGGAGGAGGCCCACCAAAUGUGCAGCGCAACGUUCAGAGAUCCAAAUCCUUCACAGGUUCUGAGGCUGAGGAUCAACAGCAGCAACAACAGCAGCCAAUUGCAGUUACUCAGCAACAGCCAGUACCUGCCACUCAUCCCCAGUCACCGGUGACAUCCUUCGCCCCAGCAGCGAGCCCCUCAGCCCCGCAGUCUCCGAACUAUCAGAUCAUCAUGAGCCGAAGUCCCGUCACCGGACAGAACAUGAACAUCACGUUACAGAACGUGGGGACUAUGGUUCCUGGGAACCAGCAGAUCACACUAACCCCACUGCCGCUACAGAAUCCAGCAUCCCCUAGCUUUCAACACCAGGCCCCGCAAUGGAGGUUUGAACACGGAUCUUCUUCGUACAUACAAGUGACGUCACCUCUGCCCCAGCCAGUGCAGCCCCAGAGUCCGACCCAGCACAGCCCGGUUUCCCUGCAGGCCGUCUCUAGGCCAGGCGCUCCAGGCACUGCUCUGGGCGUCUGUGGGCAAAGCCCUACACGCUUUGUCGAGGCUGGUAUCAUGGUCCGACAAAUUAACCUCAGCAGCCCACCAGGAAGUGGGCAUUUUGUUUACCAAGAGAACCCAAGCUUGACUCAGCUGGCUCCAACCACAGUCGGAGCAGUGCAGCUGGCCUCUCCUGGGACGCCAGCGGCCGUCAGAGAGAGACGCCUCUCUCAACCGCAUUCUCAAACCGGUGGCACCAUCCAUCACCUUGCCCCACAAAGCCCAGUGGCGACUGGACCUGCUUUGCCAACGUUGGGCAGCCCUGGUCACAUUACCACCUCUAAUCUGCCUCCUCAAAUCAGCAGCAUCAUCCAGGGCCAGCUACGGCCCAUGAUUUUUGACAAGACCCCCCAGGGUGUGGUAGCAGGCGUUGCCACAUCCGCAACAGCCUCUUUCGGUGUUCCUUCGGCCGUCCCUCCGUCCAGUCCAUCUCGGAACAACUCUUCUCAGGCGCUUCCGAAUCCUCCUCUCACCCCUACUGGUGUCUGCUCGGUGAAGAAGCUCCAGCCAAAGAAGCUGGAGGAGAUAGCACCCCCCAACCCUGAAGUAGCUCGUCUGAGGAAGCAGUGCCUGGAGCACCAUGAGAAGAAGAUGGAGGGCCUGAAAGAAGUCUUCAGGGAUUAUCUGAUUGAGCUUUUCUUCUUGCAACACCUGCAAGGCAACAUGAUGGACUACCUUGCCUUCAAGAAGAAGCCGUGUGUGCCCCUUUUCACCUAUCUAAGGCAAAAUGACCUGGACAUUGAGGAUGAGGAGGAAGAAGAAGAGCAGUCAGAGGUGAUCAACGAUGAGGUGAAGGUAGUGACUGGAAAGGAUGGCCAGACAGUGACUCCUGUUGCCAUAGCCACCCAACUCCCACCCAACGUGUCAGCAGCGUUUUCGACUCAGCAGCAGUUCCAGGUUCAUCCCGGGGCUGCAGGUGGCAGCAUCUCCAAUCCAAUGGACAUGGAGGCCUUCAAAAGACAACAGGCCUUGGCUCAAGCAGAUCAGGCUAAGAGGUCCCGGAUCGAAGUGGGUCGCCAUGGGAUGAUAUUCCAGCAUCCUGUUGUAGCUCCUUUAGGAUCUCCUGGCGUUCCCCUCCAGCAGCUUAUGCCGACAGCGCAAGGUGGUAUGCCCCCCACCCCUCAGUCAGUCCAGAUUGGUGGGCAGAAACAGAACCAGCAGCAGUACGACCCGUCCAAAGGCCCUCCAGUCCAGAAUGCUGCUAGCCUCCACACACCUCCACCCCAGCUGCCCGGCCGGCUGCCCCAGCCUGGCCUCUCCAUGGCUGGUUUGCCCCUCACUCUGUCCCAGGGUCCUCCCAUGGUGCUGGAGCAGCAGGCCCAGGUGGCUACGGGGCAGCUCCAGGCUCAGGUGAAGCUGCAGGGGGCAGGGGCCGUGCUCGCUGCAGUCAAUCCACACACACAACUGCAGGCGCAACUCCAGCAGCAGAUGCAGCUCCAGAUGCAACAGCAGCAGCCAGUCAUGCAGCAAGGACAGGCGACUGUCACGCUUGUCCGUCCUGGAGUGGAGGUGUCUCAGCCAGCCCAGCGUCUAAUGUCUACCUCUUUGUCCACCUCAGUCAUGUCCCUGAGUCCUCUCGCCUCCCCUUCUUCCCUCCCCUCGCCCCACCCUUCAGGUCCUGUGCGGACUCCCAGCGCUGGGCCCAGCCUCUCUGCUGCUACGCAGUCAAAACUAGCUGGCACCAAUGGCUCCACCGGGCUGAAACUGUCUGGGCUGAGUCAGGGCUCAGCCAGCCAGAACAUGCAGGAAAGCUCCCAGGACAAGCAGGCUGAGCAGGCCAAACUGGAGAGCCAGGUGCACCAGCGCAUUGCGGAGCUGAGGAAGGAGGGCCAGUGGUCAGCGAGCCGACUGCCCAAGCUCCAGGAGGCCAGCAGGCCCAAGUCCCACUGGGACUACCUUCUGGAGGAGAUGCAGUGGAUGGCUGCCGAUUUUGCCCAGGAGAGGCGCUGGAAGAUGGCUGCUGCCAAGAAGCUGGUGCGCACUUGUGCCCGUUACCAUGACGAGGUGAGGAAAACCAUGGAGAGGGAGAAGAACGAGGAGGAGCUCAGGCUGAGGAACAUCGCCAGUGCCAUUGCUCGAGAGGUGGACUACUUUUGGUCCAAUAUCCAACAGGUUGUGGAAAUUAAACUGCAGUUUGAGAUCUCUGACAAAAGACAAAAAGCUCUCGGCCUCCAAAGGUUGGGGAAUAAAGGACAGAACAGUAAAACUGCACAGUCUUCAGGAGAGAAUCCAGAGAGGGAAAACAAAGCGGGGUCUGGCAGUUCCACUCGAAAGAGGAAGACGAGCACGCCGCUGUCUGAUGAAGAAGUUGAAGAUGAGGAGAGUACCAUAGAAGAACAGGAAGCUAUGGAAGUAGCUGCUGACCAAAAAGCAGAGCUUGCAGAGCUCACCAAGGAAGCUGAGGUGCCAUUGGAAGCCCUGGUAAAGAAGUAUGCUGGUGCCUAUGCUGAAGGGUUUGAGUGGCCCCAGCCUGCCUGUCAGAGUGAGGAUGAGGAGAAAGAUGAAGUUGAAGAUAUACAUAGUUCUCCCCUGGAUAGUCCCCACGAAGCGGUUCUGAUUGAUUCCCUCUUGAGUGACGAGCAGUACCGUGGAAACGAACGGACCAGCAGCUCCUCUGGAACCGACGGAAAGCCCAUGAAGGAUAUAGCUGAAGUCUCCAGGGCAACAGACCUCAUCCUGCCUAAAGGCAGUGCAAAGACUAAUCCAACUGCCCGACUCCCUGUGCCCUCUCUCCUUCAUGGCUCUCUGAGGGACUACCAGGUAGUUGGCGUGGAAUGGCUUGCCAACUUGCACCGCAAACACCUCAAUGGCAUCCUAGCGGAUGAGACCGGCCUGGGCAAGACUGUCCAGACUGUGGCUUACCUUGCACACCUUGCCUGCCAUGAAGGUAUUUGGGGACCACAUCUGGUGGUGGUGAGGACCUGCAAACUGCUGAACUGGGAAAUGGAGUUCAAACGCUGGUGUCCCGGCCUCAAAAUCCUCCUAUAUCUGGGCAGCAAGAGAGAACGCAGAUACAAGCGGAAGUGGUGGAGUGAGCCCAACAGUUUCCAUGUGUGCAUAACAGCAUAUAAAGUGCUGCUAAAGGACCAGACUCACUUCCUGAAGAGACGAUGGAAGCACCUGGUGCUAGAUGAGGUGCAGUUGAUCAAAAACAUGACUGAAAAACACUGGGAAACCAUCUUCAACAUCAAGAGUCAGCAGAGGAUCUUGCUCAUCAGCAACCCUCUGCAGAACACUCUGAGAGAGCUGUGGACUAUGAUUCAUUUCCUCCUGCCUGGAAUCACACGCAUGUACCAUGACUUUCCCGUCAAACCUGGCACGGACCAGAACCAGGACUACUGUCACAAGCUGGUCAUCAGACUGCAUAGGAUGAUUCAGCCCUUCAUUCUGCGUCGCUCUAAAAGAGACGUGGAGAAGCAGUUGCCUAAGAAGUAUGAGCACAUCCUGAAGUGCCGUCUUUCUGCCAGACAGAAGAGCAUGUAUGAGGACAUCCUCACACAGCCAAGUUCUCAGGAGGCCCUGAAGACUGGGCAUUUCGUGAGCGUUCUGCAGGUCCUUAUGCAGCUGCAGAGGAUUUGCAACCACCCAGACCUGAUCCAGACCAGAGAUACAGGCAGUUCCUACUCCUGCCAACCCCUGCAGUACAAUACACCAUCCCUGCUGCUCACAGCCCUGCAACAGGACCAAUGGAAGACGGUGGACUUAUCUCUUUUUGACCUGAUUAAUAACGAGGGCAGACUGACCCGCUAUGAGACCAAGGAGGUUCUGCCCAAACUCCGACUGACCCAGCAGCUCAUUGAGGAAAUAAACAGCGCUCCUGAUCCUCCGCCAAGACCCAAACCAUGCAAGAUCAAACCCAUGAGGCUGUUCCAGCCAGUGCAGUAUGGUACUAAACCAGAGGGGCGUCUUUUGCCCCUGCCGAGCAGUACUCAAGCUCAGCGCUCUACUGCUGCUACCACAACUGCCCCCAUCACCACGACUGCACCUGCUGCUGUGGCUCAGAGCAUCCAGCCCAGGGGCAAAUCACCCCUCACUACCACUUCAUCUGCUCCAACCCAAACAGUUACCAGCUCGCCAGGACUCCCCGUUGCAGCCGUUCCCUCUACCCCCACCUCUACCAGUCUUGCUUUGGCUGUGGCAGGGGUGGGUGCUGUACCCCCCAGGUCUGGUGUUGCUGCCCAGCCUACAGCCACCCACCCCCUGCAGCCCAGCCUACUCUCUCAGAGGCUGGUCCUGAGCCCCCAGGCCCAGGCUCGCUUGCCUAGUGGAGACGUGGUGAAGGUGGCUCAGUUGGCGUCUAUAACUGGAGCACAGAAUCGGAUUGCCCAGCCUGAGACGCCGGUCACACUGCAGUUCCAGGGCAAUAAAUUCACACUGUCCCCCAGCCAGCUGCGUCAGCUCACCACCGGACAGCCUCUUCAGCUGCAAGGCAAUAUUCUCCAGAUCGUGUCAGCCCCGGGUCAGCCCAUCCUCAGACAGCAGGGGUCCAUGGUGAUGCAGGCCGUGCCCCAGGCUGUGCCUGUUCAAAACUCCACUGGUGCUCAGGGUGUUGUUCCUCCUGUAACGUCCACACCACCGCAGGCUGGUGUGAGUGCUGGUGCUGCGGUAACAACCCCUGCUGCCACUGACGCAGGCACCAACACCAAGUUGUCAAUUAAUACCACAUCACAAGAGUCGAAUGAGGAGAGGAGUCGACAGCUGAAAGAGCGUUUGGCUCAUCUGCUGAGCGUUAAUGAGCGGCGCGUUGGUCGCUCGGUGUUGUAUGGGAUGGAUUUACUCGAGGCCUGUUCUGUGACUGAAGGACACUCAGCUGCUUCUCUCUUUGCUCCUAAACACUCACGCUGGCUCUGGGCAGGCAGGGAUGCCUGCCUGAAAGCCCAGCAGGGUGAUGUUUCCACUGUGGAGCCACUCUGUUCAGCUCUACUGUCCCACAGAGACAGGUUGCAGGCCGGGGACAGCCUGAUUAAGAGGUUGUCUUGUGUACUUCCUGCAGCUGUAGCUCCAACCCCUCAGCUUUAUGCAGCCAAUCCUCCACCAUCUUAUAGCCUGAGACAGAAGUCAUUUGUGCGUCAGCUGCAGAAAGCGUCCGCCCCUUAUAAUCUGGAGGUCCACAGCCUGGCCUGCCCUUCACUGUUCGAGCUCCUUGAUAAACACAUGCUGGAGAUGGACUCGGGUAAGCUGGAGGCGUUGUCUAUCUUGCUGCACAAGAUGAAGGAAGAAAACAGGAGAGUGCUCAUAUUCACUCAGAUGGCCAGCAUGCUGGAUAUCCUGGAGGCAUUUCUAGAUCAUCGCCAUCUUACCUAUGUGCGCCUAGAUGAGAGCCUGUCUUUCGAGGAAAGACAGGAUCAGGUGAAGCGGUUUAACCGUAACAAGCGCUUCUUCUGCUCCAUCCUGACGAAUCGCUGCUGCUCUGCUGUGGGUCACGUGUUUGAUGCAGACACCAUUGUGUUCUACGACACUGAUCUUAACCCCAGCAUGGAUGCCCGUACACAGGAGUGGUGUGACAAGAUUGGCCGCUCCAAGGACAUCCACAUCUACAGGCUGGAGAGUGGGAACUCCAUUGAGGAGAAGUUGUUGAAGAAUGGCACUAAGGAUCUGAUCAGAGAGGUUGCAGCACAGGGCACGGAUUACACCCUCGCAUUCCUCACUCAGCGCACCAUUCAGGAUCUGUUUGAGGUGGAGGCAGGCUCUGGAGAGAAGGUGGAGGAGUUUGUGGUUCUGCAUCAGGAUCCGUCUCCAGCAGAAUCUAUCCCUCCUCAUGUGGCCAGACCCUACAUACAGGCCCUGAACACCAUCACCCUGCAGACGCUUCACUCUGAGGACGAGCAGGAGGUCAAGAGAGCAGAAGAGGGCAGAGAAGAAACGAUGGAGAAAGGAGAAGAGCGGUUAGAGGAUGAGGGCGAGGCGACAGAAGAGGCCUCCCAGCUAGAGGAACUCACAGCAGUCAUGGAGCAGCUGACUCCUAUAGAGCGUUACGCCCUGCACUACCUGGAGUACCUGCACGUCAGUGAAGAUGAAACGAUUGUCAAGGAGCGUACAGAAGCUGCCAAGAGAAGCUGGGAGCUGCAUCUGCAGCAGAAACUGAAGGUUGAGGAGGAAGAGCGGAUGAUUCUAGAAGAAGAGGAAGAUCUCUUUACAUAUACUAGAGAGGAUGCUUACAACAUGGAAUACAUAUUUGAGAAUGAGGAUGGUCAGACAGAAAUUAUGCCGCUGUGGACCCCACCCACCCCACCUCAGGAUGAUAACGAUAUCUAUAUCGACUCCGUGAUCUGCCUAAUGUAUGACUCCACUCCCAUGCCGGAGUCCAAACUGCCCCCAGUCUACAUCCGUAAGGAGCACAAGAGGCCCAAGAUGGAUUCUACUGCCGUGGGCCGUAAGAAGAAGAAGGGUCAUGGUGAGGCGGUCAUACCCCCUCGGUCACUCUUUGAUAAGGCCAGCAUGGUAAAGGUGCGACGAGAAGGGAAAGACCAGAAGAAGAACAUCUCCAGGCUCCAGGCUCCUUUCGCCAAGCCACUUCCCACACUGGCCAAACCUGCUAUGGAGGCUGGACAGGACAACCCAGAUUGGCUCAUUAGUGAGGACUGGGCUCUAUUGCAGGCUGUGAAGCAGCUGCUUGAGCUCCCUCUGAACCUGACCAUUGUGUCUCCGGCUCACACUCCAAACUGGGACCUGGUGAGUGACGUGGUGAGCUCCUGCAGCCGGAUCUAUCGCUCGCCCAAGCAGUGCCGCAGCCGCUAUGAAAACGUCAUUAUCCCCCGCGAGGAGGGCAAGUUGAUAUAUGAAGCUAAUCCCAAAAAGAAGACAAAGAGCAUCUAUAAGACGAAGAACAGUCGUCCUCUACGCACCUGUCAGAUCUACACUCAGGAUGACAAUGCCACUCAGAUACAGCUUUACAACAACCGCUUUGAGCUCAUGAAGAUAAUCGCCAGCAAGAGGAGCCCUCCUAUCAAACCCUUGUUGGGUAUGAAUCCUUUCCAGAAGAACCCAAAGCAUGCUUCAGUGUUGGCUGAAAGUGGCAUCAGCUAUGAUAAGCCGCUGCCUCCCAUCCAGGUAGCAUCUCAAAGAGCUGAGAGAAUCGCCAAAGAGAAGAAGGCUCUAGCAGAGCAGCAGAGGGCACAGCAGUUAGCUCAACAACAGCAGCAGGCAACUGGAUCUACCCAAGGCCAAGUAGCUGCCACUCAACCUCAAGCCCAGCCACAGGCUGCUGCCACUGGACCACAAGCAGCCGGAGUCCCCCAGGCUAACCAGCAAGGAGCUGCUGCAGUCCCCAACACUGCUGUACUGGCUGGAGCGAUCAAGACAGCUGCUGCUGGAACAGGCAUUCAGACAGCAGCUACAGUGGGGGGUAAUGUGAUCGUGAACACGGUGGCUGGAGUUCCUCCAGGCCAAUUUCAGGGCAACAAACGACUAGCUUCUCCUGCCAUCCCUGGAGCUGUGGCGGCUGCAGGCACUACUACAGCGCAGGUGGUUCACACUCAGCAGAGGGCUGUCCCUGCUGCCCCCGCCCCCACCGAAGUUGUCACUAUAGCCCCUCCAGGCAUUCGAGCCGUUACCCCAGUGACUGCCUCACCUGUGGUGUCCACCAGUCUCGCUCCAGGACAGUCACAGACACGCUCACUGGGAGCUCCAGCUGGAAUACAGUUGUCUCAGAAGCUCUCACCUGCGCAGCUGCAAUUGCUCAGGCAACAGCAGCACCACCAGCUCCAGCAGCUCCAGCAGCAGCAACCACAGCAGCAACAGGCUGGUUCUCCUCAGAUCAAAGCACUAAGUAAACCACAGGAUUUGCUGAAAAUUAAUAAGCAGAAGCUGCAGAUGACUCAGCAGCAGCAGGUUGCGGCGGCAGUAGCUGCAGCUCAGGGUCAGCAGGCAACAGUUACCCAGCCAACUCAGCAGGUUCAGGCUGCCCCGGCAGCUCAGCCCAGCCCGCAGCUCACCACAGUGGCUGCACCCAGAGCUGCCACCACCGUCCUCACCGCACCCGCCGUCACCAACCUGCAGGUGGCCAGACUGACACGAGUUCCGGCUCCAUCUGCUCUCCAGGCACAGGCAGGUCAGCCUGCUCAGGUGACACUGACCAAACCUCCUCCGGUCGUGUCCGUGCCAGCUGUGGUUUCCUCCACAGGAGUCACCACGCUACCCGUCACGGUGGCCGGCAUCAGUGUGGCCAUCGGACAGGCCCAGAAAGCAGGUGCUCCUGUUGUGGCCCACUCGCUACAGGUGCAUCAGUUGCUGAGGCAGAAGCAGCAGCAGCAGGCAGCUCAGGUGGCCGCAGCGCAGCAGAAAGCAGCACAGCCUCAACAAACCCAGGCUGCAGUGCAGCAGAAGUUGGCCACUCAGCAGGCUGCUCAGUCAGCAGGUCAAGUCCAGCAGAAGGUGACGUAUGCAGCUACCACUCAGCUGCAGCCAGGCAUAAAGACCCAGUUCUUCACCACCUCCAUCACCACCCAGCCCCAGAAACCUCCCACCACGCAGCAGAUACAGGUUGCUAAACUGCAACAGAUAGUGUCCUCACCCCAGCAGAUCCAAGUGCAGCCCCAGACGGUGGCUCUGACCCAGGCGGCCGCAGCAGUAGCCGGAGCGUCCACUCAGGCACAGGUUCAGGUGAUCCCUGCAGCCUCUGCCUCUGCCGCACAGGUCGUCCAACAGAAACUGCUCCAGCAGCAGCAGGUCGUAACGGCAGCUGUUACGCCCGCUGCCACCGCAUCCCCACAGGUUCAGACCCCAGCCCCCCACAGCCCGGCCCAGCCGCCGCCGCAGCAGAGCGUCACAGCGGCCUCUGCAGGCGAGGCAGCGCCACAGCAGUCUGGCACACCCCAGCCACAGCAGGGCAAGGGAAACGCACGCACAGGAGCAGCCAUGCGCUCAAAAACUCCCGCCAAGCCCAGCGGAGGCAGCUAAACACACCCACACAUCAUUGCUGUCAUAUCAAAACCCUCGUUCCAUUUUUAUUUUUCUUGUACCUUUUAAAAACGGCAGCUGCCCUUUACAUUGUGUAACAUUUUCAAUACGAAUGGACCGACAGAAAUGGUCCGGAAUUAGUUGGCAUAAAACAUUAAUGUAUCAUUACUGUCCAAAAAAACUUGCAUCUUCAUUUUGUUUUUCUUCGAUUUUUACUUUUCUACAUCGUUUGAACACUGUGUGGAAAAUUCAUGAACGGACCAAUAGAAAUUAUCCCAAAUAACUUGGAAUAAAUUCUCUUUACAUUAACUUUGUUUAAAAGUUAAAUACUUAUUGCAUUUUCCUGGAGAUGCAAGUGUUUUGGGUUUUUUUGGACAGUAGCUAUAUGUUAAUGUUCAGAACAUUAUUCUGUUUUCGCUGCAAAAUGAUGGUUUGUUACCGUUUAUUAGGUGACGAGGUUUUGCUACGACAGUGAGGGUAUGUAGGUAUGUGGACUGAACUCACCACUUCAUCAUAUUUCCGUGAAGCUCCACUGACUGACAUACGGACAAACUGCAUGUUCAUCAUUCAGUGGCCGCUCAGUUAUGCUGUUGGUGGCCAGCAUAACGUUUGCUUUCACACAAAAUCUCACACCAACGCUGACCAGUCUCAUCAUACCUGUUGGUUCUCUGUGUGUCUCUCCCUCUCCCUUUCCCUCGCUCUCCCUCGCUCUCGCUCUCUCGCUCUCGCUCACUCGCUCUCGCUCUCUCUCGCUCUCGCUCACUCGCUCUCUCUCGCUCUCGCUCUCUCUCUCUCUCUCUCUCUCUCUCUCUCUCUCUCUCUCUCUCGCUCUCGCUCUCGCUCUCUCUCGCUCUCGCUCUCGCUCUCUCUCGCUCUCGCUCUCGCUCUCUCUCGCUCUCUCCCCUGUAUAACUGGUAGCUGAUCAGUCCUUGUCAUAACGUAACAUUAAGCUAUAGACUCUCCUCAUCAGCUCGGAGAGAGGCCGUUUGGAGACUGGUCAGUAUUGUCCAUGCUGAUGGAAGUUUUUUAACCCGUGUGCCCACGAACUCAUUAGUGUGGCAGUUCUGCUUUACCGGACUCUGUUAUCAUGCUGUAAAAUGCUUGCUUUUUUCUACUGCACCUUUAUUGUUUAUACAGCUGUGAAUGUUAGCGCACUCCGACACCCUUGGAGAGUAUGAGUUAUGAAAAAUCCAGGAAUAUCCACGUCUGUGCUGCAGUUUGGAUCCUCUACAGCACGUCUGGCAGGAUGACUGGUAUAACACAAUUUCCAGGCAGUCCACCACCUGUUGGUAAUGUGUUGCUAAAUGUGCGUUUUCUGCUAUUCUGGCUUUUUGUUUUUUUUAAACGUAUGUGUAUUUGUGUAAGUGAAUAUCCACCUGAACUGUGUACUUCUUUCUUUAGUUAUGGCCACGUAAGUGUGAGAACAUCCCAGUACGGAUGUAGAAUUAGCAGCUAGCCAUCGCUAUAUGUGAACAUCAAGUUUGGGAAGAUUUUAAUAGACACACACACACAACCACAGUGAUUAGAGCCCCCCACAUCCUGCAUUAAUAUCAGGAUGCUAUUAAAGCGCUACUGAGACUCAAGCAGGAUAGAAAGCAAAGCCAUCAGUGUUCAAAGAAUGAAUAGCAGUGAGUUGUUUGAGGUUUUUUGGCUGUUUUAGUGAAUGAUAGCGACGUCUUAAAUGUGCUGUGUUGUGUUAAAUCUGAGAUUGUUACUCUAAAUGAGUCAGAGGUCAGUAGUAGCUCGUUAUUUAAACUGUCACUGUGGGGGUUUCAUCAUUAUGCUGCUUGUGAAAAUACAGACUUAAAAGAAAAAGCAGUGUAAAUGAUCCAAAUCUGUCUUCUCUAAACGUGCCCCCCCACCCACCCCCCCAGAGUUAUGUGCAUAUUGUUGUUGUUCUCCAUUACCUGGACAGAUAAAGGCAUAACUGGUCUUCUGUCUGAAUAUUCAGUGGCUAAUCAACAGUAACAGCACGGCUUUAUCUCUGUUAUCUCUUUUUUAAUUUCUUCCCUGUUCAGCAGCAGAUUGAAAACAAUGCAGUUCCCUUUGAGUUUUUUUUUUAAUUAUUAUAAUUAUUUACUGUGUGUAUCAGCUACACUGUAAACAUGUACUGAUGUAUCUAUAAUGUCUGGGAUUCCACCAUAUUUGUCUUUUUUUUUUUUUCUUUUUUUUUUAAAUCAACGUUGAGAAACAAAAGUGUAAAUAACAGAAGGGAAGACGACAUUUGUAAUUGUAAAGUAGUUGUGUUUCCAUUGGACUUUUUCAGCUUAUCUCUAUAAAGUGUUCCGUUUUUAUACAAACGA